CAUUUGGGGGAUAUCUGUACUGUCCUGACAUUUGGGGGAUAUCUGUACUGUCCUGACAUUUGGGGGAUAUCUGUACUGUCCUCACAUUUGGGGGAUAUCUGUACUGUCCUGACAUUUGGGGGAUAUCUGUCCUGUUCUGACAUUUGGGGGAUAUCUGUACUGUUCUGACAUUUGGGGGAUAUCUGUACUGUCCUGACAUUUGGGGGAUAUCUGUACUGUUCUGACAU